AUGCUCCAUUCGCCAAACGUGACAGCACCUUUUACAGUCCGCAAUCUUUUAAAUUUACCAGAAUACAAUCCGGUAAGUUACAAAGAAGCUGGUCCAGUCGAAUGCUUGACACACAUGACUUCGGUCCACGUUAUGCCAAACAAGAAUGAGGAAAAUGCAAACAACGGGCUGCCAUUACACGAAAAUCAUCAUCCGAACUUCAUAUAUCCAGAAACGCCGAGAUCGAUGUACCUAAAGAGCGACGUAAACCACCAUGCGAAUCUAAGCGGAUCGCACGCUCAUAUUCUCGAGCCCCCGUGCCCUCCAGGUAAGCAUUUAAGUCUUGUGUAUUUUAGAUUUUAGAAAUCAUAUUUGAUUUUCCCAUUUCGAAGCCUGUCCGUAAUUAUAAUCAAAUCUUGGAACACAAAGUAGGGGGAGGGAAAUUGUUUCAAGUGUCUUAAAAGAGCAACACCAUUGAAAGGUUAAGACAUUUCUUGGAUCCGUUAUGAUUUUUCGCGAGAAGCCGAUUUAUAUCCGACUAUUUGACCGUUCGCGCCUAAAUUUCAUGAGCGAUAUUAACGAUUCGGCCGUCAACGAAAUUCACGCAAAAUCACUGAAGAAGAAAGCGUUCGACAACUCACGUCAUUCACUUAUGCGAAAAUAUUUACCAUUUGAAAUCUUCUGGGCGUGGAAGUCUUUCACUACGUUAAUUACCACAGUAACCCCUCAGGCUAAAUGCUUUAUAGUGAUGGUGUUGUUGAUAGUUUUCGUUUUGUCUUGACAAACGAUUUUUUUCCUGUACGCUUACAGUGUCAAUGGAAUCACAGUUAAACAACAAGUCAGAAAGCCAAGAGAUCACUCAAGAGCUUCAGCAUACACAACACACUUCGCCUAACGCCAACGAGAUGCAUCAUCAAGUCACAAAUCCCAGCUUAGCCACAACCGAAGUGCCCAACAAACAGAAACGUAUACGACGGAAACCACGAGUCCUGUUCUCUCAAGCGCAAGUCUACGAGCUAGAAAGGCGAUUCAAGCAACAAAAGUAUCUAUCGGCACCCGAGAGAGAUCACCUUGCAAGCAUGUUAAAACUUACAUCCAACCAAGUAAAGAUCUGGUUCCAGAAUAAACGCUACAAAUGCAAGAAGCAAGCGCUUGAAAACAAAGCGCGGACGGCCGGUAUGGAAUCUUGGUAUGGCCUGCCGCCAGAACCUCGUAGAGUAGCCGUGCCUGUUCUCGUACGAGAUGGCGAACCGUGCUUGGGAAGGGAACCUUAUGGUUUAAAUAUGAACAUGAAUAUGAACAUGAACUUCGCCCCGCAUUACAUGAACAUGUACCCACCACCGCAGAACAACCAUUUAGCAAACAGAACAUGGUAA